AUGAUCGAAAGUUGGGAAAUUGAGCGCCAUGAAGCUCUAGUGGACAGAUCAUUAAGAACAAAUGGAUAUGUGUAUGCGAGUGGUGGGCAACGAAUGCGGAUUCAACACCAAGAAUUCCCAUACGAUAUUGGAAUUUGGAACAACUUGUGUCAAGCUAUGGGAACAAAGAAUGUUUUGAUGUGGUUCAUGCCAUUCGGAGGAGGACCGAGGGUAGAGACUGCCGGGAAUUGGGAAGUCAAUGGCUUUGAAGAUGCAGACAAAGUAUGGCCUCCGCCAGAUCCGGAUAAGAUGUCAAGAGGCGAACGGGUUGAACGACAAAAGGAAGAUGAAAGGGUGUAUGGUACUCCCGAAGAAGAGAUGGCUGCUUUCAGAAAACGGCAGCAGCAAGAUCACAAGAGAUGGAAAGGAACUGAGAACAGCGAAGAAAGCGAAGCUGAGGAAUUAGGAAGUGAAAGUGAGGGAGAAGAAGAGGAAAUUGCCCAUCCGGAGGCCCAGAAGAGAUGGACCAAUAGAGAUGGCGAUACGUUGCACGAUUACGGGGUUGAUGAGGAUGCAGAAGUUCUCUCUGAAGACGACAUCCCAUUAGGAGAGUUGCUCCGGAGGCGGAAAGCUAGAGCGUAUGAGCAGACCUAA